GAUUUCAGCCUUAAAUACAGAAACAGCAGAAUUCUUUCAAGUAAUCAUUUGAAAAAAAUGAAUGGAGGCAGGUGAGCCUUUGUACAAAAGUAUUUGCUAGAUUUGAACCCUCAGAUGAUUCAUAGUUAAAAUUUAAAAGUAGACAUCAAUAAAUUGCUUUUAAUUGUCAGAUACAUAAAGUAGAACUGCAGCAAUGGUUUUUUUCUUUUUGUGGAAUGUCAUUAUGUCUUUAUACUUAGUCAAGUCCAUGACAAACAUUUAGAUGAUCUUGAAUUAUUAUUCUGGAGUAGUAUUACCCUGCUCUCAGGCCAGCAGAGGGAGAAAAUAUAACAAUUCUGGAUUUAGUUUUCAUUUGGAUAAUUUGAGUAACCAAACUUAGUGAUCUAUAAACAAGAUAAGGAAGGAAAAGAAUCUGAAAGGGGUGUAUUUAUCUUCGAGGCCCUCAUAGACUGUGAUUGAAAUAGAAUGUUAACUACUUUUGGCUUUUUUCUCUGAGUUUAAGUAGGGAAUGAAAGUAAUCCUCUGCAUUGGUUUACAUAAUGCUUUUACAUCCAUUAUCUUAAUCAACAUUUCUCUCAGGUAAUAUAUUAUCAUCACCUUACGGAGGUAAGGUAAGGAAGCAGAGGCAUAGAGAGGUUGAACAGACUUAUCAACAUUCAAGAAGUUGUUGUUGAGAGAUGCCAACUCCUCAGAUAAAGACUUGACAAGUACCUGAAGCAGUUGUUUAAAUGCCCCUUUAAGGAUUAUAUGAGUCGAGUUUGGACACUGUGGGUCUCUUAACGGUUACUUUAGCAUAUGCCAAACUUGGUGUUAAGGUAUUUUUGUGCAUAACCCCACUUUCACAAUCUCUGUAUUAAAUAGAUACUGUUAACCUCAUUUAUUUAGAGAGAAUGCCUAAGACACAGCUGGUGAGUAAUGAACCUAAAUCCAGGUCUCCUGGACCCCCAAAUUCAUGCUCUCAACAACUGUCCUCCCUGUUAAAAGCACUGAUUUCUCAAAGUAUGGCCUCCUCUUUCUUCAUGUGUUCAGUUCUUUGUGGGAGCACACUUGUGUAAAGCAUUGUUCAGAGUGCUUUGGGGGCAUUAAAAGAAGUAAAUGAUAGAAUCGCUCCUUCCAGAAACGUAUACACGAGUAGGAGAGAAAUAGAUUGUACUCUCUCAAUUAAAAGAUUGAGUAAGUACCCAUGUGAAGAGGGCAAUAGGUGUUUGGGCCAUUUUGGAGGGGAUUUGGAGAACCCCUGGCGAGGAAAUGCUUCAACAUUCACUGAACCAGCGGUCCAAGUAUUCAUAUGGAAACAGGUAACCACUGAGCUCAGCCUGAAAGGAUAAGUAGGAGACUCUCCAUGGACAAAAUAAGUGUUGAGAUAAAUCAAGCAGGAACACUCAAGAAAUAGAUGAUGGUAGAAAAAAGACCUUUAAAAGGGUUGUUCGUUCAUUGAUAGAAGAACUUUUGAUUGCUUUAUCAUGGAGUAUGCAGUUUAUUAGGGUAAGAGAAACUGUUAAGGACCUUUAAAUGGAGGGUGCCCUUAUCUGAGUGGUAUUUUAGGAAGAUAAAUACAUCCUAAAGCAGAAUUCAUAGUGAAUUAGUGAAUCCAUUGAACAGAGGAUACAGUUUGUAGAAACGGACGUCUUAUAGAAGGGAUCCCAGAAAAGUGGGAAGUAGUUGCCUUGGAAGAGAUGUUCCAUUUUAAAAUGUAAUCUGUUGCAGUAUUUGAGUAAUAUGGAGACAGCGCUGGGUGGAGCAACACGUUACUGUUUGGACUUGUCUGUAUUGUGUCAGUCUCCAGGUGUGGACAGGUGAGAUCAUAACCAAACACUCGUACUUCAAGAUGGACCGGGAGCAGGGGUGGAUACACUUUCCUAAUCUUUGCCUUGGGUUAAAAGGAAUGUGAAUUGUAAUUCAGGUUGCUGAAACAAGGACAGGGCUUUGUCAUCUCCCUGAGCAGAUUUAACCCGAAACUGAAUUCACUAUAGAAACAUCCAUAGUUCUAUCAAUGGUUGGGGAAAGAUAGUGACAGCAGGCAAAGGAAAAACAGCUGUGACAUAAUAAGGAAAAUGAGUAUGCUCAAACCAAGUGGACUGAAGGCUCCCUCUAAAAUCCUUAAGCCUGGAAGCACAGCCUUGAAGACACCUGCUGCUGUUGUAGCUCCAGUAGAAAAAACAAUACCCAGUGAAAAAGCAUCAAGCACUCCAUCCGCUGAGACACAAGAAGAAUUUGUGGAUGACUUUCGAGUGGGAGAGCGUGUUUGGGUGAAUGGAAAUAAGCCUGGAUUUAUCCAGUUUCUCGGAGAAACCCAGUUUGCACCAGGCCAGUGGGCUGGGAUUGUUUUAGAUGAACCCAUAGGCAAGAACGAUGGUUCGGUGGCAGGAGUUCGGUAUUUCCAGUGUGAACCUUUAAAGGGCAUAUUUACUCGACCUUCAAAGUUAUCAAGGAAGGUACAAGCAGAAGAUGAAACUAAUGGCAUACAGACGACUCAGGCUUCCAGAACUACUUCCCCUCUGUCCACUUCGGCAAGUAGCAUGGUGUCCCCCUCUCCAGCAACCCCCUCAAAUAUUCCCCAUAAAUCAUCCCAGCCUACAGCAAAGGAACUUGCAGCUACGCCUCAGAUCAGCAACCUUACAAAAACUGCCAGUGAAUCUAUCUCCAACCUUUCAGAAGCUGGCUCAAUCAAGAAAGGAGAAAGAGAGCUCAAAAUUGGAGACAGAGUACUGGUUGGUGGCACCAAGGCUGGAGUGGUCCGGUUUCUUGGGGAGACAGACUUUGCCAAGGGAGAAUGGUGCGGCGUGGAGUUGGACGAACCUCUCGGAAAGAACGAUGGGGCUGUGGCAGGAACAAGGUAUUUUCAGUGUCAACCCAAGUACGGCUUAUUUGCUCCUGUCCACAAAGUGACCAAGAUUGGCUUCCCUUCCACUACGCCAGCCAAAGCCAAGGCCGCUGCGGUGCGGCGAGUGAUGGCAACCACCCCUGCCAGCCUGAAGCGCAGCCCCUCCGCCUCCUCCCUUAGCUCCAUGAGCUCAGUGGCCUCCUCCGUAAGCAGCAAGCCCAGUCGGACAGGAUUAUUGACCGAAACCUCCUCCCGGUACUCCAGGAAGAUCUCCGGCACCACUGCCCUCCAAGAGGCCCUGAAGGAGAAGCAGCAGCACAUUGAGCAGCUGCUGGCUGAACGGGAUCUAGAGAGGGCGGAGGUGGCCAAGGCCACGAGCCACGUGGGGGAAAUAGAGCAGGAGCUAGCUCUGGCUCGGGAUGGACACGAUCAGCAUGUCCUGGAGUUGGAGGCCAAGAUGGACCAGCUGCGAACAAUGGUGGAGGCGGCUGACAGGGAGAAGGUGGAGCUUCUUAACCAACUUGAAGAAGAGAAAAGGAAGGUUGAAGAUCUUCAGUUCCGGGUUGAAGAAGAAUCAAUUACCAAAGGCGACCUUGAGCAAAAGAGCCAGAUUUCUGAAGAUCCUGAGAAUACGCAGACCAAACUGGAGCAUGCCCGCAUUAAGGAGCUUGAACAGAGCCUGCUCUUUGAAAAGACCAAAGCUGACAAACUCCAGAGGGAGUUAGAAGACACUAGGGUGGCUACCGUGUCAGAAAAGUCUCGUAUAAUGGAACUGGAAAAAGACCUAGCUUUGAGAGUACAAGAAGUAGCUGAGCUCCGAAGAAGGCUCGAGUCCAGUAAGCCUGCUGGUGAUGUGGAUAUGUCACUUUCCCUUUUGCAAGAGAUAAGUUCUUUGCAAGAGAAGUUGGAAGCCACUCAGACUGACCACCGGAGAGAAAUAAUUUCUCUGAAGGAGCAUUUUGGAGCCUGUGAAGAAACUCAUCAGAAGGAGAUGAGGGCACUUCACGUGGCCACAGAGAAGCUUUCCAAAGAGAACGAGUCUUUGAGGAGCAAGCUUGAUCACGCCAACAAGGAGAACUCAGAUGUGAUAGCUCUGUGGAAGUCAAAGCUGGAGACGGCCAUCGCGUCCCACCAGCAGGCAAUGGAAGAACUGAAGGUGUCCUUUAACAAGGGGGUUGGAGCGGAGACUGCAGAAUUUGCUGAAUUAAAAACGCAAAUAGAGAAAUUGAGACUGGAUUAUCAGCACGAAAUAGAAAGCUUACAAAAUAAACAAGACUCUGAACGGUCUGCUCAUGCUAAAGAGAUAGAAACCCUAAAGGCUAAACUAAUGAAAAUCAUAAAGGAAAAGGAGAGCAGUCUGGAAGCCAUCAAAUUGAAACUGGACAAAGCAGAAGACCAACACCUAGUAGAAAUGGAGGACACGUUAAACAAAUUACAGGAAACCGAAAUAAAGGUAAAGGAGCUAGAGGCUCUGCAGGCCAAAUGCAAUGAACAAACCAAGGUUAUUGGUAAUUUUACAUCACAGCUCAAGGCUACCGAAGAAAGGCUCUUGGAUCUUGAUGUACUUCAGAAAGCCUGUUCCGAAGGUAAAUCGGAAAUUGAGAAACUUAGACAGCAGCUUGAGGCAGCUGAGGAACAGAUUAAAAAUUUAGAGAUUGAAAAGAAUGCUGAGAGUUGCAAGGCUAGUAGCAUUACCAAAGAGCUCCAGGGGAGAGAGCUAAAGCUUGCUAACCUUCAGGAAAAUUUGAGUGAAGUCAAUCAAGUGAAAGAGGCUUUGGAAAAAGAACUUCAGAUUUUGAAAGAAAAGUUUGCUGAUGCUUCUGAGGAGGCAGUCUCUGUUCAAAGGAGUAUGCAAGAAACUGUAAAUAAAUUACACCAAAAAGAAGAACAGUUUAAUGCGCUAUCUUCCGAAUUGGAGAAGUUGAGAGAAAAUUUAGCAGAUAUGGAGACAAAAUUUAGAGAGAGAGGUGAAAGAGAAAUGCAUUUGAUAAAGGCAAAGGAAAAACUGGAAAGCGACAUUGCUGAAAUAAUGAAGAUGUCAGGAGAUAAUUCUUCUCAGUUGACAAAAAUGAAUGACGAAUUACGUCUGAAAGAAAGAUAUGUAGAAGAAUUACAGCUAAAACUUACAAAGGCAAAUGAUAAUGCAAGUUUGCUGCAGAAAAGUAUUGGGGAAGUAACUCUUAAAGCUGAACAGAGCCAGCAAGAAACAGCUAAAAAGCAUGAGGAAGAAAAGAAAGAAUUACAGAAAAAAAUGUUGGACCUGGAAAAGAGGAUGGAAAUAAGCCACAACCAGUAUCAGGAUCUGAAGGCCUGGUAUGAAAAAAACAAUUCUGAGAACAAAACAAAGCAUGAAGAAGCCCUACAGAACCUACAGAGGAUGCUGUUGGAUACAGAGGAAAAGCUGAAGGCUGCUCAGGAGGAGAACAGUGACUUGUUGCAGGAGAUGGACGAACUGAAGAAACAAGCUGACAGAGCCAAAUCGCUAACCUAUUUGUUAACAUCAGCCAAAAAAGAAAUUGAACUAAUGUCAGAAGAGCUGAGGGGUCUGAAAUCAGAGAAGCAGCUUCUUGCACAGGAGGGAAAUACUUUAAAGUUAGAAAAAGGUUCACUUUUAUCAAAGCUUGUAGAGGUGGAGGCCAAAAUAACUUUACUUCAGGAGGACCAACAGAAACUGUGGUCAGUAAAUGAAACUCUAAAUUUAGAAAAGGAGAAAGUCUUGGAAAAAAAGCAAGACGCUGAAAAACUUUAUCAGCAAGAACAUCUCAAUAAAGAAGCGCUAGCUAUUGAGAGAGAGCAAUUGCUCAAAGAAAUCAAUAUUACAAAGGAAGAACUCUUGAAGAUAAAUAUGGAAAAUGACACUCUGCAAGUUUCCAAGGCAAGCAUGCAGACUCUCAUAGAAGAACUUGAGUUCAGCAAAGAUACUUUGCUAGCUGAAUCUGAGAAGGAUCGGGCAGAAAAAGACCACCUGGAGGAUCAGAUCAGGAGUCUUGCUGCUGAAAAUCUUGUCUUGGCUAAAGAUAAGGAUGAAAUUAUUCAGAAGCUUCAGAGCUCUUAUGAGGAGCUAGUCAAAGAUCAGAAAACUUUGGUACAAGAGAUUGAUGAUCUCACAGCUGAGAAAAAGUCAGCUUUAGAGAAGCAGUCAAGAGUUGAUAACAUGUACCUAGCCUUAAAGAUGGAGAGAGAUCGUCUCCUUCAGAACAACAAAGAUCUACAGCUUGAGAAAGACCUGCUGCUUCAAGAUCAGGAAAAGCUGAAAGCCAACCUGGAGGCCACCCUCCAGGUCAAACAGCUGCUCAACACAGAAGCAAGUGGGCUCCGCACACAGUUGGAUAAUGCUAGCAAAGCCCUGAGAAAGGCUGAGCUGGAGACUGUGCAACUUCAGGCUACAAAUACAAGCCUCACAAAGCUCCUGGAAGAAAUUAAGACCAGCCGGGAGAUCACCGACUCUGAGUGCAUCCAACUUCUGCAUGAGAAAGAAACCUUAGCCUCAUCUGAGAGACGGCUCUUGGCUGAAAAAGAAGAACUUUUAAGUGAAAACAGGAUCAUCACUGAAAAACUCAACAAAUGCUCAGAAGAGGCUGCCCAUGUUGAGAUGAACCUGAAUGAGCAGAUCACUUACCUGACUUCUGAGAAAGAGGUGGCUUGUCAGAAAAUUAUGAAGCUCAAAAAGCAGCAUGAUAGUCUCUUGAAAGAAAAAUCAGCACUGGAAAUGCAAAAUGUAGAUUUACUUACAGAGAGAGAAAAUUCCAUCAAAGCCAUAGGAGACCUUAAGAGGAAAUAUGAUCAAGAGUCUGCAAACAGAAGAAUAAUUGUGCAUGAGAAGAUGAAACUCCUUGGUAAUAUUGAUGCUCUGAAGAAAGAGCUUCAAGAGAUAAAAAAAGAAAACCAAGAAUUAGCAGCCAGCAAGUAUGAUCUUUCUUUGAUGUUGAAAGAGGCUCAAAAUGCCAAAACGAACCUAGAAAAGGAACUCACCAACAUAUUGCAAGCAAAGGAGAGUCUGGAUGUUGAACUUCAGACUUGUUGUUCUGAAAAGAACAUUUUGCUGAGGGAUGGGCUGAACCUUCAAGAAGAGUGUCAGAAAUUAAACGAGGAGAUCCAUGAGCUGCAGCAGUCCUUAAUCCUAGAAAAAGAAGACAGAGCAAAGGAAAACGAGUCAUCCUUGUAUGAAAACAAUAAACUCCAUGGGAGAAUUGUGCUCCUGGAGGAAGAACUGGAGGAGUUAACAGUGUGUACUAAGGAGCUCCAGUCUGAGAAGUUUGUACUCAUCCAAGAAAAGACCAUAUUGGAGCAAAAAAUGGUGGAGAUCAUUAAGGAAAAAGAACUCUUAAGUGCAGAAACAGCUCAACUCGCUGCCAACAUAGAGACUCUGAAAAGUGAUUUUGCUGCCUUGUCCAAAUCCAAGUUAGAACUGCAGGAACUGCACAGCUGCCUCACGAAAAUCCUGGAGGAUCUCCAACUGAACCAUGAGGUGACCUUGGCUGAACGAGCCAAGGUGAUGCAGGAGAACAAGAACCUCCUGGCUGAGAAGAGAGAAAUGGUGCUGAAAAAAGACGAGCUUCUGAAAGAGAAGGAAAAGCUGUCAGAAAGCUACUUCUUACUUCAGAAAGAGAUUAGCCAGUUGGCCAAAACCAACAGCCAUAUCUCAGCCAAUCUCCUAGAAUCUCAAAAUGAGAACCGCACUUUGAGGAAAGACAAGAGCAAGCUUUCUCUUAAAAUUAGAGAGCUCGAGACUCUUCAUUCAUUUACGGUAAAGUGAGAGGUUCAGGUAUUGAGCACUCAGACCACUGGUAACCCUGUGCACUAACUUUAGUGGCUUAGGUGAUUUUUCUUCAUUUCCACAUAGAAAAAUCCACCCCAUCAAGUCAGUUGUUUAUAUCUCUCAAGCUGUUUAUUACAAUCAGAAAAGGUGAUUCUUUCCUAAAUGUCUAAUUGCAGUAGUCCCUACCCAUUUGCAAACAAAACAAACAAAAAACUGUGAAUGAAAAGGAUUUAUAUUUUUAAUUUAAGAUGCAUUUUUUGUGAAAAAAUUAAAAGUUAAUUGUAGUUCUUAAAGGCUUAAGAGCUAUACUAAGAUGGGCACAUAUUGAAGUAGUAUUUUCUAUUUGGCUUUUAACUGUUUCAUUGUAUUUACAAUCCAUUUGGAGGUGGAAGAUUUCACUGAAACCUGCAUAACUGAUAAUAGGGAGCAUAUGAUGCAGAAUUCCCAUAAAUUUUAUUAAGCCAAAUGAAAUUGUAAGCAAGUGCCUGAAAAGGUUUUAAUUUAUUUUUAUUCUUUUGGAUUACUGUUAGCUAAGGAUUUGCCUCCUUAAGCAUAUUAUCUUUUUUAUUCACAGCCAUGUUUAUAUUCAUUGCCUACAGCUUCUCUAGUAGAUUUUUCCAUCACAUCCUUCUCAUUAAACACUUGGACUUUAUAUUAUAAUUGCCCAAAUAAUUUUUAUUUUUAUUUGUAAAGUUCUCAGUCUGAAUUCUGAGUGGUUUUAAAAGCCCCAGAUUUGAAAUAGCAAGACUAGUAUUUUAAGCUUAUGCCAACAAAUAGGAUUAGGAGAAAAUUCAGCCAUUUAUUGUCACUGAAUCUUUCUCACAAACGUUAAGUCAGAGAGAUAAGCAUGACUAUCUGCACCUUGACACUGGCAUUGCUAGAGGGGUCUGGGAGUCAUGAAAAGGGUCUGGAAACUUGUUCUACUUCAGAGUGAAGACCGUUGGUGUCUGGGUCUGUUUGUGUCCAUUGGGUGGUGACUGACUCACGUUCCCUUUGUCACUCCCGUCACCACGCGGUCACUGAGUGAGGGACAGGCUGCCAAGCACAGGCCCUGUGCGCCACCUGACGCGGCUGGUGACAGGUGUCCUCCCUUCUCACUGCACUUUCUUGU